ACGAGCCGGGUGGCGGCGGAGCCGGGGCUGGGAUCAGGAUCGGGAUCAGAAUCGGGAUGGAGCGGGCGGCGGCGCCGGGACCCGGGGCCGGUUCGGCGCUGGCCGCCUCGCUGGCCGAGGGGCUCAUCAAGUCGCCGCGGCCGCUGAUGAAGAAGCAGGCGGUGAAGCGGCACCACCACAAGCACAACCUCAAGCACCGCUACGAGUUCCUGGAGACGCUGGGGAAAGGCACCUACGGGAAGGUGAAGAAAGCCCGGGAGCGCUCCGGGAAGCUGGUGGCCAUCAAGUCCAUCCGGAAGGACAAAAUCAAGGAUGAGCAGGACCUUGUCCACAUCCGGAGGGAGAUUGAGAUCAUGUCCUCCCUCAACCACCCCCACAUCAUCGCUGUGCACGAAGUGUUUGAGAACAGCAGCAAGAUUGUCAUCGUGAUGGAAUACGCCAGCAAGGGCGACCUGUACGACUACAUCAGCGAGCGGCAGCGGCUCACGGAGCACGAGGCGCGGCACUUCUUCCGCCAGGUCGUGUCCGCCGUCUACUACUGCCACAAGAACGGGAUCGUCCACAGGGACCUGAAGCUGGAGAACAUCCUGCUUGAUGCCAACGGCAACAUCAAGAUUGCAGAUUUUGGGCUGUCCAACGUUUACCAGCAGGACAAACUUCUGCAGACCUACUGUGGGAGCCCCCUGUACGCCUCCCCCGAAAUCAUCAACGGGAGGCCCUACAAGGGCCCAGAGGUGGACAGCUGGUCCCUGGGCGUGCUCCUCUACAUCCUGGUCCACGGCACGAUGCCCUUUGACGGCCACGACUACAAGACUCUGGUCAAGCAGAUCACGAGUGGGGACUACCGGGAGCCCACCAAGCUGUCAGACGCCUGCGGGCUGAUCCGCUGGAUGCUGAUGGUGAACCCCGAGCGCCGCGCCACCAUCGAGGACAUCGCCACGCACUGGUGGGUCAACUGGGGCUACAAGGUGCCCGUCGGGGAGCAAGAGCUGCUGAGGGACGGCGAGUCCCCCCUGGCCACGGUGGCGGAGUGGCUGCGCCGCUCGUCCCGGCCCCUCCUGGAGAACGGCUCCAAGGUGCGCUGCUUCCUCAAGCAGCACAUCCCCGGCGUGACCCUGGAGCGCCAGCGCUCCCUCAAGAAGUCCAAGAAGGAGAACGACGUCUCCCACGCGCUGCAGGAGGCGCCCGUGGCCCCGGAGAACCCCUCCAAGUCCAUCCUCAAGCGGCCCAAGGGCAUCCUGAAGAAGAGGAACUCCUGCGAGCAGAAGGUGCCCAGCCCCGGGCCCCCGCCGGCAUCGCCCGCGGGAGAGGUGAAGGGGGAGGACGGGGAGGGGGUCACCGCGGGUCUCACCCGGAUCCUGUCCUCUGGAAUGCUGCCCUGCAGCACGGGCAUCGCAGCAGUGCCCAAGAAGGGAAUACUGAAAAAGCCGCCGACGAGGGAGUCGGGGUAUUACUCGUCCCUGGAGUGCUGCGAGUCCGGGGAUGUGCUGGACGCCGGGAGCUUGGACCUGGACGGGAACGUGUUUGCCGACAGCCCCUCCCCGGGGCAGGGCCCGCAGGGUCUCCCCGCCCGCCGCAAAGGCAUCCUCAAGCACAACGGCAAGUUCUCCUCGAGCAGCUCCGAGCCCGAGAGCCCCCCCGGGCAGGGCUUCGGGGGCUUCAGCGAGGUGCCCCUGCCCCAGGCGCCCCGAGCCCGCCCGUCCAGCGCCGUCAGCGAGGACAGCAUCCUGUCCACAGAGUCCUUCGACCAGCUGGACCUGCCCGCCCGGGCCCCCCCCGGCGCCGGGGGCAUGAGGGGCUGCGUGUCCGCCGACAGCCUGCUCCGGCUGGGGGAGGAGGAGGAGCUGGAGGAAGGGCGGAGGCUGCGCCGCUGGACUGUGACCCACUGCCGGAGCCCCCUGGCAGAGAGCAGCCUGUCCCUGGCGGGCUGUGAUGUCCCCGAGGGGUUCCGCUGCCCCAUGGCCGUGGGAGGGAAGCUGAGCUGAGGGUCCCCCCCGGGGGGUGCUGCGUUCUGGGGGAGGGGGGCCCAGCCCUCCCUGCCCCGCGGCUGCUGGUGCUGCUGACCCACGUCCCCACGUAUUUAUUUGGCAGCCUCGUGCCCCUC